AUGACGCUACGAUCACGUCGACCACAAACAGCUAGACCAUCUCAUACCAAACGAAAUCGUUCAUUAUCAAUUCAUCGUCGUUCUCAAUCGGCUACAGGAACUUAUGAUAAACUUGUUAAUGAAUGUCAAACUGAUCCAACAUUUGCUGAAUCACUUUGGCAAUAUUAUCGUUAUGUUGUAGAAAAAUCUCAACGACCUAAACUUGGUUUACAACAAUUUCAUAUUAAAGAACCAUCAAAUAGACGUUGGAGACAAAGUGGAAUUUAUCGUAAUCCAGCAUUAACACAUGGUCAAAAAUUAUAUUUAUUAGAAAAAUGUCAUAUUUAUGAUAUGAAAGAUACAAAAACACGUCAUACAAAUGCUUAUGUAGACGUUUUAACUAGACGUUUUAAUGCAGAUUUACCAGCAUAUAAACUUGAUUUACUUUGCAAACCAGAAUAUCGUUUAAAUGAUCCAAGAGAUUAUUUUAAUUAUUCAAAAUUUUUGAAAACUGCACGUCCAACAGUUCGUUCAUUAAAUACAGGUUAUUUUACUUCUAAAAAACCUCAUCAUCCUCGUAUACCCAGUGAUCAUAAAAAACAACAAAUUGAUAUUCAUUCAAAUAACUAUUCUAAUAAAAACGAUCUUGCUAUUAGAUCAUCGUCAUCAUUGACAAAUAAAAAAUUACCUAAAGACAAUACUUCGAAUACAUCUCGACGUAUUAGUGCAACAUCAUUUUCAACUAAUAAUGAAAAUACUGUUACUAUUCAUUUUCGUCAUGAACCAAAACAAAUACCAAAAAUCCCUGUUUUAUCAUCACAAACACAAAAUUAA